ACAGCCCAGGAUGUUCCCCAAGCCCCAGCUCCUCCGCCCCGCUACCUCGGCCCUCGCUGGCCAGGCGCGCACCGCGACCACGCUCGGCGUCAACAUCUCGAGGCCCACCCCGGUCGUCCCCACUAAGUACGGCGGCGUCUACUCGGUCACCCUCAUCCCCGGUGACGGCGUUGGCAAGGAGAUUACCCAGUCGGUCGAGGAGAUCUUCGAGCACGCCAACGUCCCGGUCGAGUUUGAGAAGUUCAACGUCUCGGGCGACACGACCGAGGAUGCGGCCCUCUUCAAGCGCUCGAUGGACUCGCUCCGGAGGAACAAGGUCGGCCUCAAGGGCAUCCUCUACACUCCGGUCGAGCGCUCGGGGCACACGUCGUGGAACGUCGCCAUGCGCCAGCAGCUCGACAUCUACGCGUCGGUCGUCCUGUGCAAGUCGGUGCCCGGGUUCCCAACCCGCCACCGCGACGUCGACUUUGCCAUCAUCCGCGAGAACACCGAGGGCGAGUACUCGGGCCUCGAGCACCAGUCGUCGCCCGGCGUCGUCGAGUCGCUCAAGAUCAUGACGCGCCACAAGACGGAGCGCAUCGCGCGCUUUGCGUUCGACUUUGCCAUCAAGAACGGCCGCAAGCACGUCACGGCCGUUCACAAGGCCAACAUCAUGAAGCUCGGCGACGGCCUCUUCCUCAACACGUGCCGCCGCGUCGCCGAGGAGUACAAGGACUCAGGCAUCACCUUCUCCGACAUGAUCGUCGACAACACGUCGAUGCAGCUCGUCAACCGCCCGCAGCAGUUCGACGUCAUGGUCAUGCCCAACCUGUACGGCUCGAUCGUGUCCAACAUCGGCGCGGCGCUCGUCGGCGGCCCGGGUAUCGUCCCCGGCGCCAACAUCGGCCGCGAGUACGCCCUCUUUGAGCCCGGCUGCCGUCACGUCGCGAAGGACAUCGAGGGCCAGGACGUCGCCAACCCGAGCGCGAUGCUCCUCUCGGCGGCGAUGAUGCUCCGCCACCUCGGCCUCGACGCGCACGCCAACAACAUCGCCGCGGCCACGUACGGCGUCAUCGAGGCGGGCAAGAUCCGCACCCCGGACAUGGGCGGCAAGAACUCGACGACCGACUUCACCCAGGCCGUCAUGAAGGCGCUCAAGUAGACGGGCGGCGGCCUCUGCAUCUCUCUCUCAUUCUCUCUCCCAAUCUUUACCCUCACCUCCCCCCCUUUCGGCACGGUAGCAGCAGCGGGGCUCAUAAACGAUGUCUGAUCAGCUAG